AACGUUGUUGGGUCACCACUCUAGUGUACAGGAACCCAGACGGAGACGGAGAGAGAGAGCCAGAGAGUACGAGAGAGAAACAGAGUUGUAGAGAGAGCCAGAGAGUGAGAGAGAGAAACAGAGUGAGAGAGAGCAAGAGAGUGAGAGACAGCAAGAGAGUGAGGGAGAGUGAGAGAAUCAGAGAGUGAGAGACACUGGGUCAGAGAGAACCGUAGAAGAGAGAGACAGAGUGAAGAACACUCUGUGGGACAGGGUUGAGGAAAUUUGUAUUUGAGAGCGACUCUUAGGGGUGCUGUGGGUCUGGAGGCGUGGAACAUGGCUGUCACCGGGGACGACACUGAGUCAGAUGCCACUGGAGACGUCCCGGCAUAUCAGCUGCGCUCGCCAGACUCUGACCUGGCCCAGGGGGCUGUGAUGUCAUUGUCUGGAGGCCACGCCCCUCGUGGUGAGGAGGUGACGCGCAAACGGGAGGUCAGACUGAUGAAGAACAGGGAGGCGGCCCGGGAGUGCCGCAGGAAGAAGAAGGAGUACGUCAAGUGUCUGGAGAACCGUGUGGCCGUGCUGGAAAACCAGAACAAGACCCUCAUCCAGGAGCUCAAGACCCUCAAGGACAUUUACUGCCACAAGUAGGGCCUCCCGGUCGUCACGGCAACCGCCUCCGGAUGACGGGACAGCUGACAUAGGGGGAGGGGGGGGGGGGGUUUGGAACGAGACUGAGACUGAGAUUUUCUAUGUUGAAACUGAAACUUGGAAACCACUUUCUAGACGCUGAGCGGACAUGUGACCAGUCACAUGUCAGGGAACAGGAAGCAGCGCAGGAAGUCGGGGUACUUCCUUGAGAGGCCUACCGUGUUUCCUGUCCUGGUCAGCAGGGGGGGGAGGGCCUUAACCGGGCUGCCCCCCCCCGCGCAGGUCAGAGCUCAGUGCUCAGCAAGUCAUCGGCCGACAGACAGACACACAGCUCGAUUGCCAAUGCAACCAGACAACCAGACGGACAGACAGACAGACGGAUAGUCAGCCAAUCACCGCCCGCCCCUCAAGCUCCAGGCAUUCCUCUACAAACGUGUUUUUAUUGUGUUCUUCUGGUGAGAACCUAGUUUCUGUGUCCACCGUCGCGCUGCACCCUCCAUCUUGAUUGUAGUCCAGAUUUGUAUUUUUGUAGUCCGAUAAAAUGCUUCAUUAGAAAUGUCAUCUUUGUCUUCACCUUCCCAAAGCCACUUGCAUUUCUAUCCCCUCCAUUUGUUUAUAACGUCACUGUUUUACUAACAUGUGUUUGAGAUGACAGAGUGAGAUGAGUGAAUCCCUGAGGUUGUUGGAGGUCCUCUUCGCACUGCAGCCCUCAGAACGUGUAGUAGUCAAAGUUCCUGUGUGUCAUCAUUCAUAUCUUCAUGUCCCAGCAGGAUAUCCGCUGGGACGACUUUCACAACUUUCCCUCAUGUUGAAUAAAAUAUUUUUGUUAUGCAA